ACAACAAAAUCACAAGGCCAGUUGCCUCUCUCUCUUUUGUCUUUCUAGAUUCACCAAGACUCUGACACAUCUCAAUUCCCAAGAACACCUGCAUCCAAUCAUAUUUCCCCAUGAAUUCCCAGAAAUUGUCUGCUGUACUUUCUUCUUUAACUUCUCAGCUCUUUCUUCUUAUUCUCCUUCUUUUUCCCGACUCAAAUUCGUCUGAAAAAUACAACCUUUUCCCUCUGAUUUCUCACUUUCUUUCUGCCCAGCAGGUUGCUGCUUCUGUUUCUUUCCUUACGGUUUCCAGAAAAAGGAAGAGAACCCAUUUCUUAGAUCAAGAUUCUGAAACUACCCAUGAAGGUAGAUCCUCCAAACCCGAAGAUGGAAUCGUUCAACUCAGUUUGACUCAAUCCCCUGAUUCGUUCAAAAACUCGUUCAAAAUGAAAUAUUCUACCUUCAGAUGGCUCUCUGGAUUGCUUGAGCCGUUGUUAGAUUGCCGUGACCCGGUGGGUUCACCUUUGAAUCUAUCCCCCGAUGUCCGGCUCGGUAUUGGUCUGUUUAGGUUAGUUACUGGGUCAGAUUAUGGUGAACUCGCUAAUAGAUUCGGGGUCACUGAGUCGGUGACUCGCUUUUGUGUUAAACAGUUGUGUCGUGUUCUUUGCACUAAUUUUCGAUUCUGGGUUGCGUUUCCUAGCGGAGAGGAGGUUAAUUCUAUAUCUGAAUCUUUUGAAGAACUCUCAGGGCUGCCUAAUUGCUGUGGUGUUAUUGAUUGUACAAGGUUCAAAAUUGUUAACAAUGAUACAUCAAAACCUUGUAAAUAUGAUAAAUUAAGUGAAGAAAGUGUUGCAGUACAGCUUGUUGUUGAUUCAUCUUCAAGAAUUUUGAGCAUUGUUGCUGGUAUUCGUGGCGAUAAAGGUGAUUCAAGAGUGCUAAAGUCUUCAACUUUAUACAAAGAUAUUGAAGAAAAAAAGUUAUUGAAUUCAGGUCCAGUCUUUGUUAAUGGAGUUGCUGUAGAUCAGUACUUAAUUGGUGACGGAGGCUACCCUUUGCUUCCAUGGUUAAUGGUACCAUUUGUGGAUACUAAACCAGGAUCGAUUGAAGAAAACUUUAACGCAGCACAUGCCAUGUUGCGUAUUCCGGCGUUGAAAACUAUUGCUAGUUUAAAGAAUUGGGGGGUUUUGAGCAGGCCGAUACAAGAGGAGUUUAAGACUGCAGUUGCUUUUAUUGGUGCUUGUUCCAUUCUUCACAAUGCUCUGAUUAUGAGAGAUGAUGAUUCUGGAUUGUGUGAAGAAUGGAGAGAUUACUCAUUGCAUGAUCAGAGCUCUCAGUAUUACAGUGAUAAUAGUUUGGAGGAGAAUUUGAUUGAGCAAAGAGCUUCGGUUAUACGAACAGCCUUGGCUACAAGAGCAAGAAGUUGUCCAGAUUCAAGUUUUGGUACAGAUCCCUGCAGUUCGGUGCAAUGAUUGCAAUCCAAUUUUCUUGCCUUGGUUCCUCUCAAUGCUCUGGCUACUGGCUGGGUCCUCCAUCAACAGAUCAGUUUAUUCUUCUAGGUUGAGAUAUUCUCCAACAAUGUUUAUACAGAACUCCGAGAGCACUAAUCUUCCUAGAAACUUGUAUGGACUAAUUAAUUUGGUUUGGCAAGUACUGAAAAGUUGUCUCUUUGUGGUGUGAGAAUGUGCAUGUAAAUAUUGUGUCUAACAUCAGAUUGAAAACCUGAUCUUUGAGGAUGAGAUGGUGUCCAACUAUCCGUAUAAGGAGCCUUUUGGAGGAAUUUUUUAGCAAAGACCUUGCAAAGAAGUUUUCCUUAUAACAAAUUUUUGGGAUGUUAUCAAUCUAUGUGUAAAGGGCCUUUUGGAGAAUUCCUAAGGUGAGAAUCUCUCAGACAAACUCUCCUUGACUAUCAUCCAAUCUGCAAUUCAUAGAGCUGUAUGCAAAUUGAUAUUUGGUGAUGUUCCUUUUCUCCAAGAUUUCAUAAAGAACAUAAGUUUGAAUUGGUAAUCAUCUAACUUAUGGACAUCUUCAUAUGAUGGAUUUAUGUGCUUGGACUCAAUAUUAAGGUGCUUAUCUUAGGGCUGAUAUCCAUUAGAAUGGCUAUGCAAUCCUAGAAGCUUUGACAACAAGGUGCUUGCUGGGUUACUUGGGUAUAAAAUGCGAUUUCUCUUUCUUCUUUUCAUUUCUUUUUCUCUUUUCUCUUUUUAUUUUUGUUUAAAAUUUGAUUAUGAGCAGAAAGUAGAGUGGGAAGUUUAUGAUUAGAUUUAAAUUCUGAGGAUUUUCAAGUAGUGUUGUUUUGUGGUUAACUCUUGAAAGUAUAUAGCUAUAGGAGUGGCAUGUUAUUUUUGUUCCUUGAUAAAGGGAUCCUGCCUAAAAUAUAUACUUGAACAUCUUUCAGUUGUAAUCAGUGGUGCAACUUUCAAAUUCUAUACUUUGCAACUGCGAAAUUAGAACAAUGCACUCUCUUUUAUCUAUCCUAUAUGCAUACUUAUUUAUUUCAAAUUUCGUGGUAGGAAAUUCAUCAAACUAGCUGUAUGAUUCUUGUUUACUUAUUAAAAUCCUCAGUAGAUAUGACUCCUGUUGAAGAAUUAAAUUAUCUUGUACUUAUCAGUAUGUCAUGAUCUGCUUAAACUAAUGAAUCAUUAACGUGAAGUUGAAAAUAAAAAAUCGGAAGUGUAUGUAUUAUACCGUGAUCUCUUAUUCAUUAAGUCUCCCCCUGAAAAACAAAAACCAUCAAGAUAAUUUGUUCAUUAAUGUAACAUUCAUAGAAAAUCUAUAGCCAUUGGGUGCUGAUAUUCAUUGUCCACCUUGGAAGAUCUUUCAUUUUGGAUGAUUAUAACUUAUACAGUAGCUUCAACUCAUUUUGACUGGGUUUUGUAUUAUAAUAAUUAUUGAUUAAUAUCAUACUUAUUGGAUUGUUCUGUACUGUUGUAGUCAAAGUAUAACUGAUCUCUGAUAUUAUGCCCUUCAGUCUCAAAUGUGUUCUUGAUAUACGAUGGUAGUGUCAAAUGUAAACAAAAUCGUAAGUUGGAAAUUCUGUGAAUGAUUUUCCCCAUGUCAGAGAGCCCUUUCUAAAAUGUUUUGAAAGAGUUCUUCUGUAGAAUGCAGCAGCAGAGUGCAGGGCCCUUUUGUGUCACUUGAUCCAGAUACAAUGAGGAAGAAUUUGCGGACUUCGUUGAUGAAACUAAAUUAACUAAAGAGAGUUGUUGUGGGUUAGUUCUCUUGUUUUACCUGCUGAUCAAUAAGGACAUCUGAAUAUUACAGUCUGAUAUUGUGCCACUGCACAAAUCAACAGAUGUCUUUUAUGGUCUAAAAAUGAACUUUGAGGAUAAUUGCUGAAAAAUUGAGAUGAAAAUUUGACUGUUGCUAGCUUGGCGAAAACCGGGCAUGGAUUGCCGUAGGUGAAAAAGUCCUGUUGGUCUAUCAUUAACUGAAAUGUGGAUCUUCAUAUUUUUGACCAAGUAGAAUGUAUAGCAGUCCCCAAAUGGUUAGGAUAAGCAAUUUCAAACUGAGGUAGAGUGUGUUGUUUGUAUGUCUGUAUUUCUCAUUUUAUGGUAUUUCUUUAUAGGAACAACAUGUACUUUCUAUUCAAUGCCUCUUCCUUGAACUAAAA